AGAAUCCUGUAAUAACUGACUAAACACGUACCGACAAAGUCUCUAUUGUUCCCCGAGAACAAUCGAUUAAGUCUGCCAAUGUUGUUGUGUUUUGAUUAUAGCUAAUUCUGGGAUUCUAUCCAGUGAAGUGCCCGUAGUGCCGUGUGAUGCGCGCGUGAUAUGAAGGCCAACCUGAGACCGUUGGUGAAGUUACGAUGAUAACUUAUGAGGAUGAAGAGGAUGAUUAUGACGACUGACACUAAAAAACGGAUGCGAGGGAGACUAGAGGAGUGGCAAAUGAUCUUGAUAAAGAAGAUGAUGAUUACCUUAAAACGUUAUCUGAUACCAUUGGUGAAAGUACGAUGAUAACUGAUGAGGAUGGUGAUGAAGAGGAGGAGUGGCUAAUAAACUUAAUAAAGAAGAUAUCGUUGGUGAAGUAACACAGAAGUAACCAGACGAAAGACUGUUAAGCCGGCAAGCUAGGCUUGAAAGUGAUAUUUAUUUAGCCUGCCCUGAAGGGAUUACUUGGAUUUUCAGCACUUACCGUCGAUUAAAGUCGUUCCCAAAGUAUUUAUUUUUAUUUAUUUGACCCUCCAAAAACUGGACGUUUUUAUGGUCCCGUGGGGAGAUGGGAACAUCACCUUUUCAAGACCCAAACAACGUCCGAAAAGUGUUUCGUAUCAAGGGGAGCGCAAAACAGAAGGAAUACUGAGGACCACUUUAGCAAGCAAUAUCACUGAAGUAAACUGGAAAGUGUUUGACUAAAUGACAACUAGAAUACCGUGGGGGAGGGAAGAGGUGUGUACGUGGCGUGAUUGCGAAAGUCAACGUGUUCCUAAACCGAAUACUGUACAGUAAAGGUCGAGCCGUUUUGUCUCGCGUGCUGUCCAGCUGACUGAAUAGAAAAUGAUARAAAUUCUAGCUAUUUCGAGCCAAUUCGGUAAGCGGUCCGAACUGACGAGUAACAGGUCCCUUGUAUACAGUCUUGUGCUGGGUUUGGGGCAGAUACAUAAAGGACAGGAUGGAGUGUGUACAUAUAUCAUUAACCUUACCAAGAUGACGCACAAUAUUACGUUUACAUACAUGGGGGAAAAAAUAGCAUGAAUAAUAUAUAUGCCUAGAUUUUCGAGUAGGGAAGCAAAGAAAUGGCCUCUCGUUCGGAUCCAAGGCUCGACUCUUUUCUUCCUAGUUCGACAAGUGAACGUAUGGACCUCUGCUGCCCUGUCUGCCUCGAAGACUUCGAAGAGCCAAAGAUUUUACCGAACUGCAAGCAUAAUGUUUGCAGUCAUUGCUUAGAAAACAUGACUCGGAGAAAGCCAGCCAAGGUGUUGUGUCCAGUCUGCCGUAAUGAAUUUCCACUCGAUCAAAACAGCGUUCGUAAUUUGGUUACAAAUUCAGAGUUGAUGGAGAUUGUAAAUCAAAGCAAAGAUGAACGGCAAAAGGAGAGACUAGCGAAGGCUUUCGAGUUGUGUAUUCAAAAGAUGGGAGAUGCAAACAAACUUCUUGAAGAUCAUACGAUAUUCACUCACCGAAGACAGGAGUAUGCAGAUCAGCUGAAAUCCCAAAUUCUUGAUAUGGCUGAGAAGAUCAUCGAAAAGAUACGCGAAAAACAAGAAGAGAUGUGCCUACAAGUGCAAAAGGAAGUCGAAAAACACGAACACGAUUGUCACGAGCAAAGAAUCGUCCUAGAAACCUUAGUAGCUGAUUCUUCGGUCUUUAUUUCCAAAGUUGAAGAUAUUUUGAAUAGUGAAGAAGAAAUAACCAGCGAAGCACGAAAGGAUCUCUUAUCAGAAUCUCAGAAAAUAAUAGAUGCAAAACUAUACGAGAAUUUGGCUCCCUACGAUGUUGUCACUUCUAAAUUCAGUCCAAAUAUGUCUAUUCUUAGUAAAGUAGAAAAAGAGGGUUUUGGUAGGGUUUAUACGACUAAUGCUUCAAGUUUUCGAUCAGUUCAGCAUCAGAAAGCCGGUGAAACGUCUGUCAAUCAACCCAAACCUCUAGAAGCACAUGUUACCGUUAAAGCUGACGAUCUAGGAUUGGAAUACUUUGCACCGCUCAGCCUUGCAACGGAUGGAAAAAAGUACAUCGCUGUUGCAGACCCCUCGAACAGUAGUGUUUUGCUCCUUGAUAAUAGUGGGCAGAUGAUAAAACGUUUCAAACCCCCAGGAAAAAACCCUUCUCUUCUGACAUUCUCAGGCGUGGCGUUCACCAAAACGGACGAUGAACUUCUCGCGGUCUGUGGCUCGACUGAAGUAUUCUAUUUGAGUAUCAAAGAAGGUAGCUUUAAGAUGACUUACCGUACGAACGAGAAAUACGGCGUGAGGUAUUGUUUUGCUACUGUCGCGGCAGACGGACGGAUUUUGCUCACAUGCGAGCCAUCGGUUCGUCAGUAUCGCUCGUGUAUCUUUGUGUACCGCGAUACUCCGUUUGGCAAACCUGAUCUAAUGUUUGGUCUAAACGGAUCUGACAAUCGUCUUGAGUUUCCAUUCAAAGCUCUUUACCACGAGAAUGAAUACUUCGUCUCAGACAUGGAGAAGGGCUGCAUUUUGGUGUACGACGAACAAGGGAGGUACCGCCGGCAUUUUGGCGGGAAAGAAAGGGAUGCCGGUUCCUCAGAUGGACUGGGAUCAAGCCAGCUUGUUUUACCAACAGGAAUGGCCAUGUGCGCGGAGAAGGGGUGCUUCUACGUCUGUGACUGGGGGUCUAGUAGCAUCCAAGUCUAUAAACCUGAUGGAAAGUUUAUAGCAAUGUUCACUAUCGAAGGAAGACCUACAGAUAUAGUAUUGCUGGAUAAUGGGACGGUUGUUAUUAGUUCCAAAGACGAUCAGUGGAUAAAGUUCUACACUUUUCCUCCCUUCAGCCUCAGAUAAUACUCCAACCAAAUUGAACUAAAAACACUCAGUCAUGCUCAAGCUCGAAUAAUAUAGGUAUAGGAUUCAUACAAAUUUGGAAGUCAUAAAAAAGUUACUAUUUACGACUGAAUUGCUUGCUUAAAAUUUUAAUCACGAAACUUCACAGUUUCGGCAACUGAUAGUGGAGGCCAUCAUAUAGAGAAGGAAUGAAAAAUAUUUCUUCUAAACAAUUAGGAAUGAAUUGGGCGUUUUGAAAACGUCUGAGAAAAGAAAGGAAGAGUUCCCCUUGCUCAGACUGCAAAGCCGUCCUACGAGGGGAGUAAAUAAUAACCCAAGCUGAAUGUAUUUUGGAAUGAGAAGUGUUGAGGGUUUCUACACUUUAGACUGAAAAGAAAAGCACUGUCAUUCAGCUAUAUUCUAAAAUGCUUGGCUGUAUAGUGGUAUAAAUAACUGAGAUGAGGCAAUGGCCACCAUGAAUAGAUAUCAUCAAAAAAAAAAAAAAAAAAAAAAAAAAAAAAAAAUCAAAAAAAAAAAAAAAAAAAAAAAAAA